GUUCUCCCGAGCGCUUUGCAUCGCUGCUUGCCCAGGGAUACUGUGAUAGGGACACACAUCAACAGCCAAAUCCCUUCCCUCCCCAGCCGCAUCGGAGGCCGCCGUCUUUGUGGCGUGAAGUGCCGGGGGCCGGGAGACUUCGGAGACGAGCCAUUGCGGCCGGAAAGUGCUGGGGAUGAAGCUGGGGGCCACCUGCCUCCUGUGCCUGCUGCUCGCCUGCCUGACCCUGCCCGUCGCCUACGGCCACAUCCUCCAGCGCUCCAUGGAAAUCAGGAACCCGGACAUCGACCCCUCCUGGUACACGGGACGCGGGAUCAGGCCGGUGGGGCGGUUUGGGAGGCGGCAAGCCCUGGGUGAGGGCACCCACCCCAUGGGGGGCCGGCAGCGAGCCUGUGCAGCCCCCCACCCUCCCCGGGAGGAGCGGAACCCUUGAACUGAAGCUGACAAUAAAACCCCUUCUCCUCUCA